GGCAUAGGAGCGGAGGCGGGGCUUGGGGAAUGCUGUUAGGUAGAUGAGGGGAGGGGAGACGGAGGUUCGCGGAGAAGGGCAUAAAUAAGGAGAGAGAGUGAGAGAGAGAGGAAAAAAACCCACUAUCUAUUGGUUAGCGCAAGGGUAUUAGCAAAGAGGCCCCAGGGAAUCAGGGAACGCGAGCAAAUCUCGUGAGAUCGAGGAAGCCCGGUAGUGUCGAGAAAGAUUCUCGCGACAAUUGGUUUUAGAGGUUGGAGGACAGGGAAAAAUGAGGAAGCUCUCGCGAGAUUUGAAUGAACCUGAGGUAGCGGCGGCGGCGCCAGGAGCCCUGGGAGGGAGGAGAGGACUCGGUCCUCCCCAGCCUCCGGCUGCUGCUGCUGCUACCAUGCGUCCUGAGGCCUUCCCGUUUCCUGUGCUAAUGGCCACCAUACUAUGGGGGAUCACCCCAACUUGGGGGCUUAUCCGAGCCACCUCUGACCACAACGCCAGCAUGGACUUUGCAGACCUUCCUGCCCUUUUUGGGGCUUCUCUGAGCCAAGAAGGGCUUCAGGGGUUCCUAGUGGAAGCUCAUCCUGCCAAUGCCUGUAGUCCUAUCAACCCUCCACCUCUUGCUCCUGCCAAUGGUUCUGUCUUUAUUGCCUUGCUUCGGAGAUUUGACUGCAAUUUUGAUCUCAAGGUUCUAAAUGCUCAGAGGGCUGGGUACAGGGCUGCUGUGGUCUACAAUGUGAAUUCCAAUGAACUUUUGAACAUGGUGUGGAAUAGUGAGGAAAUUCAGCAGCAGAUCUGGAUCCCAUCAGUGUUUGUGGGAGAGACAAGUUCAGAGUACCUGCGCUCCCUCUUUGUCUACGACAAGGGGGCCCGGGUCUUGCUGGUCCCAGAUAAUACCUUCCCCUUAGGCUAUUACCUCAUCCCUUUCACUGGGAUUGUAGGGCUGCUGGUUCUGGCCAUGGGGGCUGUGCUGGUAGUUCGAUGUAUACAGCACCGGAAGAGGCUCCAAAGAAACCGAUUGAGCAAAGAACAACUGAAACAGAUUCCCACACAUGACUAUCAGAAAGAUGAAUAUGAUGUCUGUGCCAUCUGCCUGGAAGAAUAUGAGGAUGGGGACAAGUUGAGGGUACUACCAUGUGCCCAUGCCUAUCACAGCUACUGUGUGGAUCCCUGGCUUACUCAAACCCGGAAGACUUGUCCAAUCUGCAAGCAGCCAGUUCACCAAGAACCUGGGGAAGAGGAGGAAGAACAAGAAGCAGAGGAGGGUGGGGAUAGUGGAAACCCAGUCUCAGAACGGACUCCCCUUCUAGGUCCAUCUACCACCCCACCACCCUCCUUUGGUGCCCUUUCUCCCACCCUUCCUGAAGAACCUUCUACUUCCCUGUCCCCCUCAACUCUCCUGGUCUGAUCUGAGCUUGCACUUCUCCCCCCUCAAGAAUUUCCUGGGCUAGAUUUUCACUGUUAAUAAAUAAAGUUGCCUUGUAUCUGGACCAGGGGUGGGGUCUUUCUCGGGACCCCUUCCUCCACAAAUA